AUGUCCUCACACGCAGGGUUGCCGACGCCGCAUGAAUUUGGGGUGCCGCCACAUGCACAGGAACAUAUGCCUGAGACGCCAGCCCCUCCACCCACGGAUGAAGAGAACGGAGAUGUCCCGCUACUCACGACCUUGCCAACGUGGACGCCAAUGCCACUGAAGCUAUGGUUCGGCAUCAUGUACACAGUCAUGCUCAUCUGUCUUGCUAUCGCGCUAGAGGUCGUGCACUUCUACAAUCACAAGCAUAACGGGUGGGCGACGAGCGGAAGGUUCUCUUCGUCAGACGGCAUUAUGCAUUAUGUAUACACCUAUCCCCCAGCAUUCCUUGCUAUGAGUCUCGCUGGUCUAUGGACUUGGACGGAUACAGAGGUCAAACGCUUGCAGGCAAGUGCUCCCCUUCCGUACGUUGACCUUAUCCACGGUGAUUCUCCCGCGGAUCACAGCCUCUUGCUCGACUAUACCCGCACACUCGAUUCUGAUGGCAGUAACCUGAUUGUAUGGAUAAAGGCGAUAUUAAAAAAGCACUACCUCGUUGCGCUGACGUCGCUUAUGACGAUCAUGACCUUAGUCUUCCAGCCUUCGGCGACUGCGCUACUCGUACUCCGGGAUACAUGGAUGCACACCAAUAUAGCUGUCACCAACCUCCAAGAGAUUGGGUUGAACCAGAACCAGCAGUUUCAGGAUCUCACAACGUUUCUUGGAGCGUCCGGGUUUGCCUCUUCUAAAAUCUUGUAUGGGCUUGGUGAUGCGGCAUUUGUGCGGGAUGGGUAUACUGUCGGCGAGUUUCACUUACCCCUAGACAUCGCUUCGGAAGGGACGGUGUUUGCCACUACUACAGCCAUCCUCAGCGAUACUGGAUGUCGCCGACCAGACCAAAGCGUGCAAAUGAGCCAACAUACCGAUGGUAAUGGAUGGACCAACAGCGUGACAUUCAGCGGGUGUGCAUACUCCUGGACCGUUGACAAGUCUUCGCAGCACCUGUUCGGCGCGCAGGUCAUGGCGCCCUGCUCCGCGUUCAACACCACCGUCGAGUUCAUGCCCGUCAUCUUCUGGUUCUUCACGUACGAACCUACCGCGAUGGCGUCCGUCACUAUGUGCGCGCCGUCGAUUACGCUGCAUAAUGUCGCGGUCACGGUGGACCUGAGCACAUCGAACCUGACGAGCGUGCAAAAGUUGAGUAACGUCGUGCCUGUGGAUGGCACAUCAACCCAGCAUGCGGGGAACUUGACGGGCGCGCCAAUCAACGGGCAAGCGUACAACGGCCUGAGCUGGCCACAGAGCCAACUCGUGGCAGAUCCGUUUGUGAAUCUGCGCGCGCAGGCUAUUCAGCUUCAGUUGCCCGCUGCUGUGUUCCAGAAUGCAGUGCAGAGCCAGGAGGGGCUCGCGGCUGCGUUUAUUAAUAACAUAUUCACGGAGCUGUCGGCUACUGUCUAUCGCUCUUAUCUCACGAUGCUGGCCAAACUCGUGUAUCUUGUGGACACGAACGACCACAUCAACGUGCGCGUUCAGUCCAUUGAAAAACGACUGUGGUUGAGUAAAACCGCUACCCAUCUCCUAGCCGCCGCGAUGCUCGUAGUCGCCAUAUUUGGUGGACUCAUUCAAUAUCUCCACUGCCGCGGCCGAGAACGCCUCCGCCUCCUCCACUGCCCCGGUACCCUCGCGUCUGCCACGACCAUGACCGCCUCCACUCCCAUGGCCCAGCUGCUCGAUGGGCGACAGUAUGGCCCACACAUCGAGGCCACCCUGCAAGGAAUGACGUUCGGCAUCGAUUCGGCGACCAUGAAAGUCGUCGUGGCGGGCGGGAGCGCUGCCCAGCCUUAAGCCAUGGGUGGCGGCAGAUCACAUUCAUGAUAGGGUGGUGUAAUCAAUCUGGUACGGGCGGCGAGGAGCUGCUCUGGUGGUGCGCGGAGAGGUAAGAGCGUGUUUGUGCAGUUCCAGAGGGAAAUAGGACAGUGGCAAUCUUACGACAUGAGAUGAGGUUGCCUCCUUCCUUCCCCUCUCCCCUUUCUUUGCCUCUUUUCAUUCGAGAUAUUUCUCAAAUAUACAUAUACACAUACUACCAACGUCUCCUUCGGUCGUGGGCUCUCAAUCACUCGCAUCCUUCAGUUUGUCUCGUAUAGUACUGCAAGUAUCAUCAUCAUCCUUCCCUUCUCGCAUUUCGUUCUUAUCUACGCAAUAUACCAGUUGAAUCUCUUUCAGGCU